UGCAGCUCAGAUGGUAACAGAGCUCCUGCUUCGUGCCAAAGGAAAUGACAGUUUUAUAUAAAACAGUUUGUCAUUUCUGCCUGGAAACAUGGGUAGACGUGUGAUUUUCUUGGUGCUCCUAGCUGUGCUGCUGCUGGACUUUACAGAGGGUGCAGAGAAACAAGUAUACCUUGCAGAUGGAGGUAAACUCACAUUGGAGUCACCCAUUCCUGCUGAGUUCAAGCCCCUGACAAGCAUCCUGUGGAAACAUAAUCACAACAUGGUGGUGGAAUGGGUUGAGAAAUUAGGAAGUGUGGAGUACUACGGAGCAUUUCACGGCCACACAACCCUGGAUAGAAAAACUGCUCGUUUGGAGAUCGACAAUUUGACUCUUAUCUACAGUGGAGUGUAUUCUUUGGAGUUAAAUGGCCAACUCCAGAGUGAGACAUACAUGGUUACUGUGAUCAAGAAAGUCCCAAAGCCCUCGGUGACAGUUGAGCCACUGUUUUGUUCUUCCACCUCAUCUCUUUGCAAACUGAGCUGCAAUGGAUGGAUCCCAGAGGCUGAACCAAUCACCUACAGCUGGAGGCGAGAUACAGGAGCCUGGACUGAGUCAAGUAAACUGAUGGACAUCACCAACGAUGACAACCAUGUUGAAAAUUUCUUCUGCCAAAUGAAGAAUCCAGUUAGUGAGGAAGAGAGCGAGCCAUGGAAGAAUGUAUUUUACCCAGAGAAAGUCCCAAAGCCCUCGGUGGCACUGGAGCCACUGUCUUGUUCUCCCUCCUCACCGCCCUGCGCUCUGAGCUGUAAUGGAGGGAUCCCAGAGGCUGAACCAAUCACCUACAGCUGGAGGCGAGAUACAGGAGACUGGACUGAGUCAAGUAAACUGAUGGACAUCACCAAGGAUGAUGACCACAUUGAAAAUUUCUUCUGCCAAAUGAAGAACCCAGUUAGUGAGGAAGAGAGUGAACCAUGGAAAAAUGUAUUCUAUGAAGACAGACAGCAGCUUUACGUUACUGUGGCGGUUGGGGUGGUGGCUGCAGUUUUUCUGGUUGUUAUUUUUGCUUUCAUAACACGAAGAAUCUUUUCAUUACGUAGUGGAUUUGACAGUGAAAAACGUAGACUUCUGCUUUACCUUGGUGUGCUGACUAGGCUGAUGACUGCAGUCCCUCUGUUUUUUUGGCUGGGUUUUGCCGUUAUAACAGGACAGAUGUUUUCAUUCCUCAGUGGAUUAGACAGUGAAAUAGGUACACUUCUGCUUUCCCUUGGUGUGCUGGCUGUGGUGAUGACUGUAGUUCCUCUGUUUUUUUUUCUGGGUUCUGAUACACUUCUGCUUUACCGUGGUGUGCUGGUUGGGGUGAAGACUGCAGUUUCUCUGGGUUGUUGUCUGGGUUUUGCUGUUAUAUCAGGAAAGAUCUUUUCAUUACUUGGUGGAUUUGACAGUGAAUCAGGCACGCUUCUGCUUUCCCUUGGUGUGCUGGUUGGGGUGAUGACUGUAGUUCCACUGUUGUGUUUUCUGGGUUAUGUUUUUAUAAAAGCAUGUGUCAGUGAAUCAGGUACACGUCUGCUUUACCGUGGUGUGCUGGCUGUGGUGAUGACUGUACUUUCUCUGGGUUGUUUUCUGGGUUUUGCUGUUAUAUCAGGAAAGAUCUUUUCAUUACGUGGUGGAUUUGCCAGUGAAAUAGAUAAACUUCUGCUUUACCUUGGUGUGGUGACUGUGGUGAUGACUGUAGUUUCUCUGGGUUUUUUUCUGGGUUUUGCUGUUAUAUCAGGAAAGAUCUUUUUAAUACGUAGCAGAAAUGCCAGUGAAACAGGACAUCAAACAGAACUAAAUCAACUAAACAAUGGUGAACCAAACCAUGAAGAUGGGAGGUCAGAUGGACCAACAGCAUGAAGUCACUGGUUAUAGUCUGACAGCAUUUUCAACAGUGGACCUUUUUCACAGCAGCCACUUUGUGAUGAAACAGCAGGGUAAAGCAGGGCAGCUUCUGUCCACAGGCAGUAAGGCUUAGCAACAGCCAGUGGAGUCACAGCCACAUCUGCAUCUUGUGUUGUAACUUAAUAAGCUGCAGUGUUAAUAAUUUAGUUUAAUUCAUUGCAUAGUUGACUGAUUGAAAGCUGCUAAAAAGGUAUUAUUAUUUACAGUUUAAAAAGAGUAAAAAAGAUUUGAUAUUUAUGUUUGAUAUUUGCACUACAGUUGCUAUUGAUGCACUGAGAUAGAUAGAUAGAUAUAUACUUUAUUGAUCCCAUUGGGAAAUUUAGGUAUCUCGCAGCUCACAGUCCAUACAUACAUUCACACAUUCAUAAAUUUAAGAAAAAAAAACUGCUAAGAGACUGCAUUUACCAUAAUGCAUUGCAGCUAAACCAGGAAGUGAGAUGUAGAUUCACCGCGAAUUGUGUUUGUUGUUAUACAGUUGCAGUGUUGAACAGAUAAGAAUGUCAAGUAAUAUACGGAGAAAAGAUAAUUUUGUAUGUUUGUAUGCACCAAAUAUUUCUAUAUGAAGCUCCGUUUAAGUUCCAUAUUCCGUCAUCCUGUCAAGUCACUCUCAAGGUAGUUAUUCUACAUCUUGAUUGUAUACUGCAGCUCAGGGUUUUGAAUAUGUACAUGGUCUGAGUGUGUCUGUGUGUGUAUGUGUAUUUAUAUGAAUAUAAGUAUAGAGUUUAGAUGUAAAUAAUUCUGUUAUUUACAGAAUUUAAUGUUCUUAUCUGUAUUGUUUUCUAUUGUUUUUCAGUUUUUAUGGCAUUUAAGUGAACUGCCUGUGUAUUAGUCCGGCGAGCUAGGUGGUGAACCUUAUUGCAUCGGUAAAAGUUUUUUUCUCAGCUGAUACUUGCGGUCACCUCUUAAGAAUUCAAGAAGGUGCUGAGUGAUAUCCCUUGAGCAUUUUUAGAUAUUAACCCCUUAAUGCCUGAAACACUAAAAAUCCAACCAAAAUAGAGCUUUAUGGUAUUUAAUGCAAAAUACUUAUCACUUUCAUGCUUGAAUUAUGAAAGCCUGAGUACAGAUUUUUUUUCUUAUGUGUUUUUAC